AUGGGAAAGGAUUACUACAAAAUCUUAGGAAUUGCGAAAGGUGCGACAGAUGACGAGAUCAAAAAGGCGUAUCGGAAAUUAGCCCUGAAAUACCAUCCGGACAAAAAUAAAUCCGCUGGUGCGGAAGAGAGAUUCAAGGAAGUGGCAGAAGCUUACGAGGUGUUGUCGGAUAAGAAGAAGCGCGAAAUCUACGAUGCUCAUGGCGAAGAGGGCCUGAAGGGAGGAAUGGGUGGUCAGAACGGACCAGGUGGCGGCCAGUCAUACUCGUACACGUUCCAUGGAGACCCAAGGGCGACCUUCGCACAGUUCUUUGGAUCAGCGAGUCCCUUCCAGGCUUUCUUCGACUUGAACGGCACAAGUGGCACUACAAUGUUCUUUGACCGCGACAUGGAUGUUGAUAUGGAUCCCUUCGCCAACAUGGGAAUGGGAACAGCAAGACCUGGUGGACCCGGUGGAGCGUUCAGGAGUCACAGCUUCAACUUCCACGGAUCACCAAACCGGAAAGAGAAGACGCAAGACCCACCAAUAGAGCACGAUUUGUACGUGUCACUUGAAGAUAUCGCGCGUGGUUGUGUCAAAAAGAUGAAGAUUUCACGAAGGGUUAUGCAACCAGAUGGUGGAUCUAAGAAGGAGGAUAAGGUUUUGACCAUCCACGUGAAACCCGGUUGGAAGGCUGGUACGAAGAUCACGUUCCAGAAGGAAGGAGACCAAGGCCGAAAUAAGAUCCCAGCGGACAUUGUGUUCAUAAUCAGAGACAAACCAAACCCACAAUUCAAGAGGGAGGGCAGUGACAUCAGAUACACAGCCAAGAUUUCACUUAAGCAGGCUCUUUGUGGGACCAUCAUUGAAGUACCAACAAUGUCUGGUGAGAAGAUAACAGUUAACCUUCAAGGUGAAGUGGUGAAGCCCUACACAGUGAAGAGAUUCCCAGGAUAUGGUCUUCCAUUCCCCAAGGAACCAACAAGGAAAGGUGACCUGCUAGUUGCAUUUGACAUUAAAUUCCCUGACCGUCUAAGUACUGGUGUCAAGGAGAUAUUAAUGGAUACUCUACCAAAU